CAAAACUCCACAAGAAGCUCCCAACAAUGGCUCGAAUUUUCUGCUACAAGAAUCUCUCUAUUGCUCUUCAAUUGAAAAGGCCAACGACCCAUUUUCUUCCUUGUUCUCUCCAUUCUCAAUCCUCAGCUCCCAUAGACAAAGAAGUUGAAACCCUUUACCGCAUCAUUACAAUAACACAGACACCAGAAGGACUGAAACAAGCACUGAAAUCAUCUCAAAUCAAACUAUCAAACGACUUAAUCGACAAAGUUCUCAAAAGGGUACGUUUUUCUCACUCAAACCCAUUACAAGCUUUAGAGUUCUUUAAAUAUGCAGAUAAGCGAAAAGGGUUUUAUCAUACUGGGUUUUCUUUAGAUACCAUUUUGUAUGUACUUGGUAGGAAUCGUAAAUUCGAUAAGAUUUGGGAGGUUUUAGUGGAAAUGAAGAGAAAAGAUCAAUCUUUGAUAACACCCAGAACAGUUCAAGUUGUUUUAGGUAGAGUUGCUAAGGUUUGCUCUGUUAGGGAAACUGUUGAGUCUUUUUGGGGUUUUAAGAGACUGUUGAAUGAGUUUGGUGUUGAUUGUUUUAAUGCAUUGUUAAGGGCUUUGUGUCAGGAGAAAAGUAUGAGUGAUGCUAGGAAUGUGUAUCAUAGGUUGAAGUACAAGUUUAGGCCAAAUAACCAGACUUUUAAUAUACUUUUGUCUGGUUGGAAGUCGUCCGAGGAUGCGGAGGUUUUCUUUAAGGAGAUGAGGGAUUUGGGAGUUGAACCGGAUGUUGUUUCGUUUAAUUGUUUGGUGGAUGUGUAUUGUAAAGGGAGAGAGAUGGAGAAGGCGUUUAGGGUGGUGGAGGAGAUGAGAGAGAAGGAUAUUACUCCUGAUGUGAUAACUUAUACAAGUUUAAUUGGAGGGUUGGGGUUGGUUGGACAACCUGAUAAGGCGAGGCACAUUUUGAAGGAGAUGAGGGAGUAUGGAUGUUAUCCGGAUGUGGCUGCUUAUAAUGCUGCGAUUAGGAACUUCUGCAUUGCGAAGAGGAUCGGGGAUGCAUACAGUUUGAUGGAUGAGAUGGUUAGAAAUGGUUUGAGCCCCAAUGCCACUACUUAUAAUGUGUUCUUAAGGUCAUUUUUUUGGAUAAAUGAUUUGAAAAGUUCGUGGACUUUGUACCAGAGGAUGAAGGAGACUGGGUGCUUACCGAGUACACAGUCGUGUAUGUUUCUGAUCAGGUUGAGCAGGAGACAUGAGAAAGUGGAGAUGGCACUUGAGUUGUGGGAUGACAUGAUGGAGAGAGAAUUUGGCUCAUAUAUUUUGGUCUCUGAUGUUUUGUUUGAUUUGCUCUGUGAUCUGGGAAAGUUGGCGGAGGCAGAAAGAUGUUUCUUGCAAAUGGUAAAUAAAGGGCAAAAACCAAGUAAUGUUUCUUUUAGGAGGAUCAAGGUGCUUAUGGAAUUGGCUAAUAAACAGGAGGCUCUUAAGCUUUUGUCAGAAAAGAUGGCUGCUUUUGGUUCCUCCACACAACUGAUCCAACAUGACAAAGCGGAAUAUGAACAAUCAAGUUCCGACUUUGUAACCUGAUGAAUGCUGACUCAUAUUCCGGUACCUCACUAUUGUCCGAUGAGUUUUUCGGCCCUCGACCUGAUGUGUUGGAUUGAUUACGUAGCGGUGGGCUCUUCAAUCAUUAUGCAGGCCUCUAAUCCAGAACUCUACAAAUGAGAUGACACCAGACACACGACAUCUUCUUUCUUUUUGCUAGGCAGGACCAUCCUUGGAAUGAAUGCUUUAGUUUGGAGCCUGCCACCAUAGUUUGUUUUCCUCAUAACUGAGAAAUUCCAAGGAUGCUAUGCACGCUCUGGAACUUGAUAGAAUCCUCCUUCACUUACAUACCAGGAUUUUGUCUGCUGCAUGGUUCAAACUUGUGACAUGCACCCGACUCACACAUCAUGUGUUGUGCUCUUACUAAUAGAGCAAGGCCAUGAGAUCUGAUGCUUGCUUUGUCAUCCAAUACAAAUGUAAAGCCUCCAUUGGCUCAUUUGAUGGUGUUCUAAAGUACUAUGGAGUACAACACAGUUCUUGAAAAUGUUGAUCAACAACUCAGUACUUCCAUGUAUAAUAUUUUUACUGGUAAGGCAGUACUUGAACUA